AUGGAGAAGUUCGACUGGAAAACUCCAAUAAAAAUCAACAUCUUAAAACUAAAAGCUGUCGGGCUUUGGCCCCAUAAAACCUACAAACUAAACUUGUACACCCUCUGGGCCGCCAUAUCGUUCAUCUGCAUCAUCUCAGCCCAUAACAUCUUUCAAGCAAUCAACAUAAUUUUUCUUCUAGACGACCUUAAAGCAGUAACGUCAAUAAUCUUUCUCAACUUAUCAGAACUACUAGGGAUGCUGAAAGCCUACUACCUUUUUCGAAACAUGGCAAUUCUAAAACAACUCAUGCUAACUCUGAACAGUGACAUAUUUCAACCGAAAAACCAACAACAGCAAGAACUCAUUGAACCGAAUCUCAAAUUAUGGAGGCUUAAUUACGUCGUGUAUUGGGGUAUGAGUUUAGGGGCUGUCUUUUUCUGGAUAGCAGUGCCCGUUUUGGAUAAGUCGGUCAAAAAUUGGCAGCUGCCAUUUUCCGCUUGGUACCCAUUUGAUACCAAAGUUUCACCGAAUUAUGAAAUUACGUAUUUGUAUCAAGCGAUUGGGGUUAUUUUUGUGGCCAUUUCGACACUGGGUGUGGAUACUUUAAUUGCCGCACUUACUAUGUAUAUAGGGGCACAGUUGGAUCUUCUGUGCGACAAUUUGAAGCAUCUGCGAAGUAAAAAUUUCGAAGCGGAAUUUUUCAAGUGCAUCGAACACCACAAACAAAUGCUAGAGUUUGCAGAUAACGCUACUAAAUUUUUUAACUGGAUUGUGUUUUUUCAAUUUUUUAUAAGUGCGACUUCUAUUGGAAUAACGAUGUUUCAAAUGACUGUGGUUGUUCCGAUGAGUGGAGAGUUUAUGUCGCUUGUGUCAUUUGAGUUGGCCAUCGUUGUCGAAAUUUUCAUGUACUGUUGGUUUGCUAAUGAAGUCAUGGAAAAAGUUUAA